CUUCGCGCAGACUUGAAACGCCAAUCGUUUCCACUACAAACGGCCCUUUCACUCCUCUCGCCCUAGGAUUAUCCCCUGGCGAGAACCCGCCCAGCAUCCCAGCCGAGCCGGAGAGGCGAGCGUCCCGCGCGGCGCACCCUAGUGACGACAUACGCGAGGCCCCGUCCCUUACGCGUCAUUUCUGAGACGCUAGCUGGGGGCCUUGUGGGUAGCCGGCCGGGGUCUCCUGGCGACGACGAUGGCGGGGGAUGUGGGCGGCCGCAGCUGCACGGAUUCCGAGCUGCUGCUGCACCCGGAGCUGCUGUCCCAGGAGUUCCUUCUCCUCACCCUGGAGCAGAAGAACAUAGCUGUUGAAAAUGACCUGAGAAUAAACAAAGACAGUCUUACUGAUCUUUAUGUUCAGCACGCAAUACCACUGCCUCAGAGAGAUUUGCCAAAGAAUAGAUGGGGGAAAAUGAUGGAAAAGAAAAGAGAACAGCACGAGAUAAGAAAUGAGACAAAAAGGAGCAGCAGUGUAGACGGGCUACGGAAAAGACCCCUCAUUGUGUUUGAUGGAAGUUCAACAAGUACAAGCAUAAAAGUGAAAAAGACCGAGAACGGAGAUAACGACCGACUCAAGCCCCCGCCUCAGGCGAGCGUCACCAGCAAUGCCUUUCGGAAAUUAUCAAAUUCCUCUUCAGGUGUUUCACCCCUAAGUUUGUCUUCCAAUUUGCCUACGAACAAUAAAAUGGAACCCAGUACUAAUGACACUAACCAGAACCAUGACUUACUGCAUAGGAAAAGCCCUCCGGGCCCCGUGAAGUCGCCACCUUUGUCGCCUGUUGCAGCUGCUCCCGUGAAGUUAAAGCGAGCUGCCCCUAAGGAGGAAGCUGAGGCUGCGAAUAACCUGAAGCCCCCAGAAGCGAAGAGGAAGAUACAGCAUGUUACAUGGCCAUGAAGGAAGGUUUCCAGAAAUGUAAAUAUUACUGUAAUGGUAGUUUUUCAAAGAAAUUCACAUGUAUUGAGAGUAUUUACAGAGAUCCUGAUUAUUGUGGAAUUUUCUUAAGAGGUUUAAAUUAGGUUCCAAAAAAUAAAGUCCUUUCCUUUCCCUCCCCCCCUUCUCCUUCCUUUAAAAAUCGAACAAGCAAAAACCUUACCUUUCAUGCCCUGAUUAGGAAAGAAUUUCUUUUUAAACGAAUGGUUUCAUAUAUAUCAUUUAUACUGAUCCUAGUCAGUUAGCCGCAAGUCUGAUAUAACGCAGUCGGUGAAUUUUAGGAAUUAUUCUCAUUAGUCUGUGUUGGUUUUUGGGGAGAUUGGAGGUUUUUUAAAGCUCUAAAAUAUUUAUUUUAGAAGUUCGCAAUUUUUUCUUUUCUGGAGUUGCAAAAGAAUAUAGCUGUUCAUCACAGUAUUUUAGUCAAUCCUGCCAAGCUCAUCCCCAAGGUUCUCCGUGGGAAGCAUGUUGGUAGUGCUGCCAGUAAACCAACCAGAAAUUCCAGAUAAACUUGCUGCCGUUUCAGUGCUCACGCUGCUUCUUUCCAUGAUAUCAGCAGGGCAGUCAGUGCUUGCUGGGGCUCCUUCCCCUGUGCUGGGAACUGACUCAUGGAGAGGAGGCCCCCCUUCCCCCUGACCCCCUGGGAGGCCCCGUCUCGAGGCAACCAUGCUCCUCCUCACUCCCAGCUCCUGGGGUCUGAGUCUUAACCUUUAAAAUCUUCAGGUGAAUAAUCAUGUUGGAGGGGUUCCCAUGGGCGGAAGGGGUUCCCACGGGUGGAAGGUUUUCAGGAGAGGGCUGGAAUUCCAGAACCGGAAUCCAGGAAGCCUGGCUGGAUGGCGACUCAGCCUGACGUGUGGUUGGCAGAAGAGGGGUCCCAAGUCAGGUCCCUGGCCCACUUCGGGCACCACCAUGGUUCCCGUGGUAUUAGCUGACGUCUUUUCCCUCUUGUCAGAGAAGUCGGUGGGGAGGCGUGUGGCCCUCAUGUCAUGGGCUCUGGUACCCGCUCCCUGCUAUCUUUCUAGCCAAGGCCCAGGGUGCUGUAUACUCCUGCCUUGUGUGUGGUUGAUCUUCAGUUGGGGUUCACCUUUCAGAGCAGUUUAUUCCUUUUUUUAUUUGUUAAAACAAGCAUUUGAGUUCAGCUAUUGAAUAGCCUUACAGAAAACUAACUCAGCCUUGCAGGUAAAUACUGGACUAAAACUUUAACCCUGCAGCUUUUAGCCUUUGCCUUUAUCCAGACUAUAAGCCCACACACAUAAGAUGAAAUUGAGAGACACUAAGUGUUGUGUGUGUUGUGAAUGUUAAAUUGUUAACUAUAUGGUUAUCUGCAGGGCUGAUGUCUGCAUAUUGUUGAAAGACAACCAUAAUCUUCUACAUAACUGUGUUAAGGGAGAUUUUACAAGUAGAGAUUCUAGGGUAGAAUGACAAAUUAUAUUUUAUAUUCAGUUGUCUCUUCUGCUUCCAUCUGCAUUUCUCUCUUAGCUAAGAGAGAGCCAUUUGACGGUUUUAAGUCAGUGGAAACUUAUUUUUAGUUACUCAAUAAAAUUAAUUUUUAAUUUGUAUAUUUAACUUACAGAGUAGGUUGGUAAUAACAGCUGAACUGUGUAACAUUGUUGCUUCAAAUUGAAGUUUCUAUUAUGAACAUUCAGAACCAGUGCUCAUAUAGCAGCAUAUUAUGGAGCUAUUUUGAGUUGGAACAGUAGAGAAGCCUAAACCUCGUGCUGUGUGUCACGUACCCCAACACCGGAGCACGAUGCCUUCUUGGCAUGGCUCCAGCCCCGCACAAGAGGCUGCAGGACAAUAGGGACAGGGGGUCUGUUCCGUGUGUGGGCUUCAGAGCAUCCAAGGCCAUAACCCAAAUGGCACACCCGGCCUGCUCCUCGCUCACUGACGCCGGCUGAGCUGGUCGCGUGGAUGCCUUCCUGGGUCAACGAGUGAAGGGCCUGCGAGUCAGGUGGCUCCUGGGUGCAGGCGCCUGUUGACCUCCUGCCCCUGGCCGGUGGCCUCAAUAUCCUCUCCCUCUCACUCUGGUCCCUGCCUUCCUUUUUCUUGCUCUCCUUUCUGUUGUUUGACUUUGUCUGCUCCCCUUCUCCCUCAUCGGCUCUGUAGGUCCCCAGCUCCAGGCCUCUGCAGACACCGGGGCUGCAGGUAGGCAGGCCGUUCCCCACGUGAGGACCACACAUGCCUUGGGCCCCUGCAGCACCGGGCCGUGGGGUUCACUGAGUAGCUUUACUCACCUGGGCAGCGACCAGGCAUGUGGCAAGGUUGGUUCAAUGACUGCUGUGAGGCUGUAAUAUUUCUGCGAGUAUUAAAAUUCUUCAGAAUUGUAAUUAUUAUUUGAAAUAGUGUUUUGGUUGACUUAAGUUUUGAGAGAUGCCUCUAGAGACUCAUUCAGUAGCAACGACCUGUUAAAAACUUACAUUAAGUAAAACUGCCAGUAGAUUAAAUCAUAUGUAUGUAAGAGCUUCCUCUGUUUACUACUGUGGAACCUCAGUAAUCUUGAGAGGCUCCAAAAUGGUCAAGAUGUUGUAAGUGUGUGCUUUUAUUAAAUGCUUGUGCAGGUUUUGUAAUUCAGCACAGAAAGUUUAACCUUGUAAGGUACAUUUUUGUAUGUAAGUCUUUUAAGUAGCCUUAUGCUUAUUUAAAUAAAACAAAUAAAAUUAUUGACUAGGUCUGUCAUUCAUAAAAAAAUAAAAUGGAAAAACACUC